ACUUUUGGAUCACAUCCUUUCUGCCCCCCCAUACUUGCCUCUGCUUUCAUCCAUAAAUGCGUGUACUUAAGAAGUUCAGAAGCUAAGUAGAGACUACAGGCGACUGUAGCGGAACGCGCGCAAACUUCAGACUUGAAAAAACUGUGACAUCACCACAGCAGGCCGAAACACCCCUGCACAACUUGAUUGAUCUGAGCAUAACGCCCAAAGCGGAAAUUUGGAGUAUCAUGGACGUGGGCCCGAGGAGCUACCUCAGCUCCACCAUGACGGACCGCUUCGACUGCUUCUAUUGCCGUGACAACCUGCACGGGAAGAAAUACGUGAUGAAGGACGAUAAGCACGUCUGCGUGCGCUGCUUUGAUAAGCUGUGCGCCAACUCCUGCGCUGAGUGCCGCCGUCCCAUUGGCGUGGAUGCCAAGGAGCUGCACCACAAGAACCGGUACUGGCACGAGGGCUGCUUCCGCUGCGCCAAGUGCUACAAGCCGCUGGUCAGCGAGCCCUUCUGCUCCGUGGACAACAAGAUCAUGUGCGAGAAGUGCGGCGCCCUGAAGGAGGGGAACCGCUGCCAGGCCUGCUACAAGGCGGUCAUGCCAGGCAGUAAGAAUGUGGAGUACAAGCACAAGGUGUGGCAUGAGGAGUGCUUCACCUGCUUCACCUGCAAGGAGCCCAUCCGCUCCCAGAGCUUCCUGACCAAAGGAGACGACAUCUACUGCACCGCCUGCCACGAGAAGAAGUUCUCCAAGCACUGCGUCUGCUGCAAGGAGGCCAUCACCACCGGGGGGAUAACCUACCAGGAUCAGCCCUGGCACUCCGAGUGCUUCGUGUGCAGCACCUGCCGCAAGCCCCUGGCCGGAACCCGCUUCACCGCCCAGGAGGACAAGGUGUACUGCGUGGACUGCUUCAAGACCUCUGUGGCCAAGAAGUGCUGCGGCUGCCAGAACCCCAUCACAGGUUUCGGCAGGGGGACCAACGUGGUGAACUACGAGGGCAACUCCUGGCACGAGUACUGCUUCAACUGCAAGAAGUGCUCCCUGUCCCUGGCCAACAAGCGCUUCGUGCUCAAAGGCGAGGACAUCUACUGCUCCGACUGCGCCAAGAAGCUGUGAGCGGGUCGCUAACACACGCUAGCCUCACGCGCUUCAGAGCGGCAGCUGAGCAGGGGGUCAGAGCAGGGGGGUUUGGUAAGAGAGUGACACCCUUACAUAUAUACACACAUGCCUUUAAGAAACGUGCGCCUUUGAUAAAGCAAAA